AUGACCCAACCGUGCUGCAGCUCGGGAUCUCUUAAUGGAAGGCGGUGUGUCACAUCUGCUUCAGCCAUCAGCCGUGGAUAUAGGGGAGCCAACAGUUUGUCUUCUAUCUGCUACACUGGAGCAGGGAGAUGUGGUGGUUACAGCAACAUCAGCCACUACAACAUUGGCCGUAGCAGGAGACUUUCAGGAGGAAGCCUUGGAGGAUAUGGAGGAAGUUCUGGUGGAUACAGUGCAGGCUUCAGGGAUUUUAGUAGCUUGGGCUAUGGUGCUGGGCCCUUAGGCUAUGGACCUGGACCCAUAGGUUAUGGUGCUGGUGUUGCAAGGCAUGGGAGCUUUAGUAGUCACAGUGUAGGGGUUUAUAGCCCAGGUGGAGGAUUCAGCAGCCACAGCCUUGAAGGCUACGACACAGGUUACAGUGGUGGCUAUAGAAGUAGUGGCUUCAGCAGCCGGAGCCUCGGUGGUGGCUGUAGCAAAAGGUAUGGGAAAACAGGCUUCAGUAGCCGAAGUCUUGGUGGUGGUGUCUAUGGCAAGCGAGGCCUUAGUUGUGGUAGUUUUACUUGUGGUAGUUUGGGCUAUGAUCCCAUGAGCCGCUUUGGUGAUGGAAGGGGGAUCCAUGCAGUGAGAAUCAAUGCAAACCUCUUGAGACCCCUGUGUAUCAAAGUGGAUCCAGAAAUUUCCCGUGUGAAAGAGGAAGAACGAGAGCAAAUUAAAACUCUCAAUGACAAGUUUGCCUGCUUCAUUGAUAAGGUGAGACACUUGGAACAGCAGAAUAAACUUCUGGAAACCAAAUGGGGCUGUCUGCAACAACAGGAACCCCAGGAGAGGAAAAGCAUUGAACAUCUGUUUCAGAAAUAUAUUGCAACCCUGAAGAAGCAGCUGGAGAUUUUGUUGAAUGAACGGGAGCAACUCAAACUGGAACAAGUCAAAUUCCAGGAUGUAGUUGAAGAUUACAAAUGCAGGUAUGAAGGAGAAAUCAAUCGACGUCUGAGUGCAGAAAAUGAAUUCGUGGUGCUGAAAAAGGAUGUGGAUUGUGCCUAUACUGGCAAGGUGGAGCUGGAGGUGAAAGAGGAAGCCCUAAGACAGGAAUUAGAGUUCCUCAGAUGUGUCUACGAUGCGGAACUGGAAAGCCUACAGACAUCAUCAUCUGACACCAGUGUUGUUGUGUCUAUGGACAACAGUCGAGACCUGGACAUGGAGGGCAUCAUUGAAUCUGUGAAGUGCCAGUAUGAAGAGAUUGCCCAGAGGAGCAAGGAUGAAGUCAAUGCCCUGUAUGAAACUAAGUACAAAGAGCUGCAGAGUACCUGGGGGGAUUAUUGUAACAACCUGAGUAGCAGCCGCCAUGAAAUUCAAGAACUGACCCGCCUUAUCCAGCGAUUGAAGGCUGACAUGGAAAAUGCCAAAAAACAGGUGGAAGCACUGCAGGUUGCUCUUGCUGACAAAGAGCAGCAGGGCGACUGCACCCUGAAGGAUGCCAAGGAAAAACUGGCUGAGGUGGAGAAGGCCUUGCAGACAACUAAGGAUGAAUUGACUUGCUUGCUGAGGGACUACCAAGAAUUGCUGAAUGUCAAGAUAGCUUUGGAUAUUGAGAUUGCAAUGUACAAGUCACUUCUGGAAGGAGAAGAAAGCAGGAUAUGUAGUUCUACACCUGUGAACAUAUCUGUGACAGGUUCCUCCAACCUGUCUGGUGGAGGUCACUUUGGUGGAGCUGGAUUUAGAAGGAGACACAUCAGCAGCCCUGGAACUGGAGGGCAUGGUGGUAGAAGAAGACACCUCAGCAACAAUGCAAGAUUCAGCUCUAGAAGUGGACAUCUUGGAUGCAAAACUGGAUACAGCUCCAGGAGCGGAGGGAACCUCACUCGAUGCACAAUGAGCUCUGGCUUUGGUAAAUGCAGCACCAGCACUGUGGUGCCAUGUGGUGAACCGAGAGAUUGUGUCCCAGUGAAAAUAGAAAGUAUUGGAGGUGGAGGCUGUAGUUCUAGGAGCAGAGGGUCCAGUAGAAGGAGUGAGGGUUGCAGCCCAUGCAGGCCACACCUGUCAUCAACUGGUGGGAUUUGUAGUACAGGGAGCUUUGUUGUAAGCAGCAGCUACACCACGCACGGCACAACUAGUGGUGCAGGAGAGGGAUACACCACUGAGCUAUACUAG